GUUGCAGCCCCCUCAAGUGUUUUUACGAUCUUGAUGCAGAAAAAAAGAUAAAAAUGGCGACUAAGGGUGGAAAUGAAAACGUGGAGUUAGGAUUUUUAGAGGAAACAAAUCCAGAUUUACUACGCAGUCAAUAUUUUCCAAGUAAAGUUGGAGGAAAACCAUCAUGGCUGUCUCUGAAGCAACUUCCCACAGAUACACAUUGUAAAUCAUGUGAUAAACCUACCAUUUUCCUUAUGCAAGUCUACUCCCCUGAUGACAAAGUGUCGUCUGCUUUUCAUCGAACACUUUUUGUUUUCGUAUGUAGGGAUCCGGGUUGUUCAACAAGAAAUUCAAACCUCAGUUUUUUGGUGUUCAGGAGUCAACAGCCUCGCAAAAACGACUUUUACAGUCAAGAUCCCCCUAGCGAAGAUGUACCGACCCCUGGUCCUGUUCCCGACACAGAUCUAUGUUAUGUUUGUGGAUCUGUAGGGCCCAAACGGUGUGCUAAGUGUCACGCAGUCUCCUACUGUAGCAAAGAACACCAAGUCAUCGACUGGAAGAGUGGCCACAAAGCUGCAUGUUCGACCAAAGAAGAAACAGUGAGAACAGAUGUUAAAGGUGUGCUGUUCCCAGAAUUUGAAAUUAUCACAGAAACUGAAGAUUUGGAUGGUGUUGACUCUGAUGAUGAAAGUGAUACAAAAGGAGAAAAGGAAAAGUGGGAGGAAUACCAGGACUUCCUCAAAUCAGACAAAGCAGGCAAUCUGAUUCCAGAUAGUGUCCCGAAAAGUGAACUUGAAAAAAUGGCUACAGUAGAAAAUUUGGAUGACAAGAUUUUCAGAAAAUUCAAGGAACGGAUAAAGACAAAUCCUGAUCAAGUUUUGAGGUACAAUAAAGGAGGUCAGCCACUAUUGGUGUCAGUGAAUCACAUACCAAAAGAAACAGACAUACCAGCAUGUUCUUGUGGUGCCAAACGUAUAUUUGAAUUUCAGGUGAUGCCGCAGUUGUUGAGUCAUCUACAGGUUGACCAGCUCAGUGACAGCCUGGACUGGGGUACCCUGUGUGUGUACACCUGUAGUAACAGUUGUGAGAUAGGCAACUCUUAUCAGCCUGAGUUCCUCUGGAAACAAGACUAUUCCACAGACCAGAAGUAACUUGUAUCACAAACCUUGACACAGCUAACAUUAUACAAUAUACACUGCAAGAUUUUGAAUUGACAAUUUCUAUCUGCCAAUGCUAUAUCUUUAAGUUGCACAAGUUAAAUGCAACUUAAGAAUCAUGUUCAUCAAGGAGCUGAAAACUCACUGUAAGCCGGCUUACAUUAAGAUAAACCCAAGAUAUAUACACCAAUUUAAGUUUCAGAAUCAUGAAAGUUGUAAUCAAAGAGUUGGUCCCAACUGUCCCUACUUGUUUUCACCAUACAACUUGUAUAUGGAACAGAUCAAUAUUUCUUGGAAAAAUAAAAUUACAUCAUGACUGUGAUCUAUAUAUUUCACUUUAAUAUUUUUGUUGCUUCAGAGAAUAAGGAAUGAGGAAGGGUUACCUCAUGUGGGACAAAACCUCUUUUCUUAAAAAUGAAUGAAAGGAUUUCUUUGAACACAUUAUCACCUUUUCAUUCAGUUGUAUUUUCAUACUGCUGAAGAAUAUUAUUUUUUCCAUUAAUAUUUUCUCCUUGUUUGUGGUGCUAUAUACAUUAUUCUUGAUCAUAUCUAUCUGGUUUAUUCGUUUAACACAAAAUUUACAUUCUUUUAU